AUGUCCAACACGAUAAAGGACCUAACAGCUGGCACUGCUGGAGGGAUUGCCCAGGUUCUCGUUGGGCAACCUUUUGACAUUGUCAAAGUUCGCAUGCAAACGUCUGCAAAAGGAACUUACAAUGGCAUGCUUCACUGUGCCGGCGGAAUCCUCAAGAAUGAAGGUCCAUUGGCGUUCUACAAGGGAACACUAACACCUCUCCUCGGUAUUGGAGUGUGUGUUUCCAUUCAAUUCGGAGCUUUGGAAUACGCCAAGAGGCUAUUCGCAGCACAAAACCUGGCGUUGGGGCGUGGGGGCGAAGCAGGGAAGACCUUGACUGGCCAACAACUCUUCCUGUCCGGCGUCUUUGCCGGCCUGGCUAACGGUGUUGUUUCUGGUCCUGUCGAGCACAUUCGUAUUCGUCUGCAGACACAAUCAAACACCAACCCCACAUACGCCGGCCCUGGCGACGCUAUCAAGAAGAUUUGGUCAGCUCACGGUAUCAAGGGUGUCUACAAGGGCCAGGUCGCAACAUUAUGGCGUGAAGCAAGCGGUUACGGUGUCUACUUCCUGACCUACGAAAAGCUCGUUCAGUGGGAGAUGGGCAAGAAGGGGAUCAGGCGAGACCAAAUCAAUCCUAUCAACUCUGUUCUGUACGGAGCAACCGCCGGCUAUGCUCUUUGGGCUAUCAUUUACCCAAUAGACAUGAUCAAGUCCCGAAUGCAAACUGACGGGUUCUCACCUUCAACGGGCCAAAAAUACAAAUCCACCCUGGACUGUGUCAAGACGGUAUGGAGGACAGAGGGUAUCAGCGCCUUCACCCGGGGCUUGGGUCCCACUUUGAUUCGUUCGCCAUUCGCCAAUGGCGCUACAUUCCUCGGGUUCGAGAUGGCAAUGAGGGUGCUCGAUAAAAUCUAG